UGUAACUGUCCAGUUGUCCACCCCCCGCUCUUGGAUUAAAGUGUGGCGAAAAGAAUUAUGAGUAAGAAGAGAAGUAAAUCUAUUUUAAAUUAAAUUUAUUAAACAAUAAAUAGGUUUAUAAAAAUCGACAUGUAUCAUAUGAAAAAUAUUAUUUCUUUCGAAAACAAAAUAGUUUUGCCAAAGUGCAUGUAUACUAUAAAAAAUCUGAUCGAAGUUUCCGAAAAUGUCACCGAUAUUAAAAUUUGCGAGCAGGUUACCAAGUUUCUUAAGAAAAUGCCAAAUAAUCAAUUAUUGGACUUGGAAGAGAGGCAGGAUAAACUACUGCAGAAGUUAGAUAUUCUUUAUGAAAGAAUAAAAACAAUAAGUUCUCUAUGCACAAUAAAAAAUCAACAUGAAACCAUAAAUAAAUUUGCAACCAAUAUUAAUCCUGAAGAAGUUGUGUUAAUUCUUAAUUCUGAAAGUCUACCAUGGUUUUUAAAUGUAUUUUUAAAAGGAUCUCAGACUCUUAAUGUUUCAUGGCACAUCCAUUCAACGGUACCCAGUGCAAAAGUUACAAAAGUUGAAGCCUUCUUUAAAAAAUUUCAAGACUUAUAUAAAUUUCAAAUAGAUUCCAAAGUUAAUUUUAGGUUGAUAUUCAAAGAUUCAACUGCAGCUGAAUUGAAACUUUCAACCCUUGGUGUUCCAAUUAAAGGCACUGGCAACAUAUUAAGAUACUUAUGUCUAACUUACCCUAAUAUUGUACCUUAUGACUACACUAACUACGAAGUUGAUGGUUUAUUAGACAUAUGCUACCAAAUUGAAACUUCUUCAGAUCAAAAUAAACUAACUUUAAUUCCUAAAUUAUUUAAAAAUUAUGUUAAAUGGAUUUUCAAGAGUCAAUUUUCUAUAGUCGAUGUGGCGGUUUUUAAUAUAAUUAAACAGUUGCAGAAUGGUACUAAAUAUGUUCCACAGCAAUGGUUCGAUGAUUGUGAAAAGAUUGUUCUCUAAAAUGUAAUUUUAAAUCAUAACUGUCAUAAAAAAUCAAAUUGUAAUCUUUACUAAAUGUCUAUAAACAUGUGAGUACAUAAUAUGUUUUUAAUAA